AUGUUGAACUCCAUUACUGAGCUUCCUGAGGGUGUGGGGGCCAACCCUGAAAUCCACAGUCUGGCAAUUCGGAUCUUGGUGGUGGUGUUUAACUCGAUCGCUCUUUACAAUGCCGUUGAGCUCGUGAUUCUCAUUUUCCUUACCUUCAAUCGCUACAGCGGCCUCUACUUUUGGAGUCUUUUACUGUCGGGUGUACUUGGGGUCAUUCCCCAUGCUGUUGGUCACCUGCUGCAGUUCUUCCGUAUUGGGCCCAUUGGCCUCGCCAUCUCCAUUGCCACUAUUGGUUUUUACUUCAUGGUACCCGGCCAGUCGUUUGUGUUAUACUCGCGACUUCAUUUGGUGGUGCAGAAUCAGAAACUUCUUCGGCGCGUACUUUAUAUUAUCAUCAUUGACUCCAUCGUCCUGCUGAUUCCAACGACCGUUCUCAACUAUCUGACCGUCUACGUCGGCACUCAGCCCGUUAUCAAAGGAUACAAUGUUGUGGAGCGAAUGCAGAUUUCCUGGUUCGCAGCCCAGGAAAUGUUCAUUUCUGGAAUCUAUAUCGUGGAGACCGUCAGGUUGCUUCGGCUGCGGCCGGACAAAGCAUCGAGCCGAAACAAGAUCAUGUACGAGUUGAUUGCUAUCAACCUUGUAAUGGUACUCUUGGACGUGGCUCUUCUGGUCUUGGAGUAUCUCGGUCUCUACACGCUCCAGGUCACCCUCAAGGCGGCGGUAUACAGUGUCAAGCUCAAACUCGAGUUUGGCGUACUGAGGAAGCUUGUCUCUCUCAUCCAUGCUCCUCAAGUCUCGAGUACCACCGACAUCGAUGAGUAUCCCACCUUUGUCGACCCAUCUCAAAUCACUGGCGAUGUUACACACGCGGCGCCGGUCAAUCAACGAACCUCCUCACGCCGAUGGGAUGCAAUCUCACUCGACAGCCUUGUUCGAUCCGAACGGAACAGUCGACACUUUGAACAUACCGAACCUCCAUGA